GCCCCGGCCCCGCCCCAGGCUGCCCGGCGUCUUCUGUCCGCGCGCUCGCACUUUUUGGCCCUCCUGGAAGCGGAUCCUCAGGAGGGAAGGUGAUCCCGCCUUCCGAGGUACAUACAGACCUCGCGCUGUGGAUCCGGGAGCCGCUUCCUUUUGGGUGAAAGUCUGUGAGGCUGGUCCCGUCCUUCGGCCUUUGUGCCUUCGGUCCAGGAACAGUUGACAUUCCGGGAUGUGGCCAUAGAAUUCUCUCCGGAGGAGUGGAAAUGGUUAGACCCUGCCCAGAGGGCUUUAUACAGGGACGUGAUGUUGGAGAACUACAGGAACCUGGUCUCCCUGGGUGAGGAUAACUUUCUUUUAGAAGUCAGGAUGUCCUCUUGUGUAUCUCUGCAUUUUCUCUUGUGAGUCUCGUUAGCGUCUGCAUUGCUUGACUGAGAUUGAAGCCCUGUUGAUUCAGAAAGGAAAAGCUUUAUAACGGGGUAUCUGGACUUUAACUACCCCCUUUCUCAGAUCUUCUCCCCUUACAUGAUGUAUCAUUGGAUGGUUCCAGAGCUUAUGUAUGCGUAAAAUCUUGUGGCAGAUGUUUAAAAUAUCCAAUUUCCUGUUUUUCAGUCCUGUGCUUUGAUUCAUUGGUUCUUCAAAGACAACUAAAUGUCUACAUGUUACAACAUUCCCUAAGCAUUCAAAAGGAGGCAUUCAGAGGAUGGAUAUCUGAUAUGAAUUUAUAUACCCUUCUGGAAUAUCCUUUAUUCUUAUGUAAACAAAGGGCUGGGAUUCUGGAAAAACCAUGAUACCUUAUAUUCCUUUCUUUCUAUGCGCAGGAAUUUCUCAUUUUGACCUCAGUAUUAUCUCCAUGUUGGAGCAAGGGAAAGAGUCCUGGACUGUGAAGAGGCAAGUGCAAAUAAUGAGAAAAUUCAAUGGAUGGAAAUGGAUCAAAGGUGUGAUCACAGAUCUCUCUUCUGAAUUUGUAAUAAAAAAUAUACCACAAAAAGGGAAGACCAACGCAGGAGAAGUAUUCCGAACAGUGACAUUGGAAAGACCUGAAAGCUAUGACACUGAAGACUUUUCCUUUAAGGAAGUCCAGAAAAAUAUACAUGACUUUGAGUGUCAAUGGGGAGAUGAUGAAGGAAGUUACAAAGCAGUGAAUACGGCCCAGACAGAAAAUCUCCCUGGUAGAAGAGAUCAACAUGAUAGAAGGGAUGCAGGAAACAAGCUUAUUAAAAAUCAGGAUGGAUUAAUCUUUAAGUCCCAUGUGCCUGAACUGCAGCUACUUGAAAGUAAAAGGAAAGUUGAUGAAUGUAAUCAAGUCAAGUCUAUCAACCAUGAUUCCUCAGUUUCACCACUUCAACAAAUACCUUCUAGCGUGAAAACCCACAUUUCUAAAAAAUAUGAGAAUGAUUUCAUCUUUUCUUCAUCACUCACACAAGGACAAACAGUAAACAAUGGUGGAAAACCUUAUAAAUGUACUGAAUAUGGCAAGGUGUUCACUGCAAAUUUACAUCUUGCACGUCACCAGAGAAUUCAUACUGGAGAGAAGCCUUACAAAUGUGGUGAGUGUGGCAAGGGCUUCACUAGAAAUGCAGACCUUGCACGUCACAGGAGAACGCAUACUGGAGAGAAACCUUACAAAUGUCAUGAGUGUGGCAAGACCUUCAGUGAAGUUUCAAGCCUUGCACGUCACUUUAGAAAUCAUACUGGAGAGAAACCCUACCAAUGUAAUGAGUGCAGCAAAGCAUUUAGUGUGCGUUCAAGACUAACUAUUCAUCAGUUAGUCCAUACGGGAGAGAAACCUUACAAAUGUAAUGAGUGUGGCAAGGCCUUCGUUUACCCUUCACAGCUUGUACAUCACAGCAGAAGGCAUACUGGAGAAAAACCUUACAAAUGUUACGACUGUGGGAAGGUCUUCAAGGAUAGUGGCUCCGUUACAUACCAUCGAAGAAUUCAUACUGGUGACAAACCUUACAAAUGUAAUGAUUGUGGCAAGGUCUUCACUCAAAAUGCACACCUUGUACGUCACAUUAGAAGUCAUACUGGAGAGAAACCUUACCAGUGUAAUGAGUGCGGCAAAGCCUUUAGUGUACGUGCAACACUAACUGCUCAUCAGGCAAUCCAUACUGGAGAGAAACCUUACAAAUGUAUUGCAUGUGGCAAGGCCUUUAGUGUACGUUCAAGACUAACUAUUCAUCAGUUAGUGCAUACAGGAGAGAAACCUUACAAAUGUUAUGACUGUGGGAAGGUCUUCAAGGAUAGUCGCUCCCUUGUAUGCCAUCGAAGAAUUCAUACUGGUGAGAAACCUUACAAGUGUAAUGAGUGCAGCAGGGCCUUCACUCACCAUUCACAGCUUGUACUUCACAGGAGAAGGCAUACUGGGGAAAAACCUUACAAAUGUUACGACUGUGGGAAGGCCUUCACUCGAAAUUCAGACCUUGUUAGUCAUCAAAGUAUUCACAGUAUGGAGAGACCUUACAAGUGUUCUGAGUGUGGCAAAGCCUUUCGUCUUCGUUCACUGCUAAGUUCCCAUCAGCUAAUCCAUAGUGAAGAGAAACCUCACAAAUGUAAUGAGUGUGGCAAGGGCUUCACUCGAAAUGCAAGCCUUACGCAUCACAGGAGAAUGCAUACUGCAGAGAAUCCUUACAAAUGUGAUGAGUGUGGCCAGGUCUUCACUGGAAAUCCAAGCCUCGAACGUCACAGGAGAACGCAUAGUGGAGAGAAACCGUACAAAUGUAAUGAGUGUGGCAAGGUCUUCGCUCGAAAUCGAAGCCUUGCACGUCACAGGAGAACGCAUACUGGAGAGAAACCUUACAAAUGUAAUGAGUGUGGCAAGGACUUCGGUCGAAAAGCACACCUUGCGCGUCACAUUAGAAGUCAUACUGGAGAGAAACCUUACCAAUGUAAUGAGUGCAGCAAAGCCUUUAGUGUACGUUCAAGACUAACGAUUCAUCAGUUAGUCCAUAUGGGAGAGAAACCUUACAAAUGUAAUGAGUGUGACAAGGCCUUCGCUCACCCUUCACAGCUCGUACAUCACAGCAGAAGGCAUAAUGGAGAAAAACCUUACAAAUGUUACGACUGUGGGAAGGUCUUCAAGGAUAGUGACUCCGUUGCAUGCCAUCGAACAAUUCAUACUGGUGAGAAACCUUACAAGUGUAAUGAGUGCGGCAAGGCCUUCGCUCACCGUUCACAGCUUACACCUCACAGGAGAAGGCAUACUGGAGAAAAGCCUUACAAAUGUUGCGACUGUGGGAAGGCCUUCACUCGAAAUUCAGAACUUGUUAGUCAUCAAAGUAUUCACAGUAUGGAGAGACCUUACAAGUGUUCUGAGUGUGGCAAAGCCUUUCGUCUUCAUUCACUGUUAACUUCCCAUCAGCUAAUCCAUAGUGAAGAGAAACCUCACAAAUGUAAUGAGUGUGGCAAGGGCUUCACUCGUAAAGCACACCUUGCACGUCACAGGAGAACGCAUAGUGGAGAGAAACCGUACAAAUGUGAUGAGUGUGGCAAGGACUUCGGUCGAAAUGCACACCUUGCACGUCACAUUAGAAGUCAUACUGGAGAGAAACCUUACCAGUGUAAUUAGUGCAGCAAAGCCUUUAGUGUACGUGCAACACUAACUGUUUAUCAUGGAAUCCACACUGGAGAGAAACUGAGUGUGGCAAGGCCUUCACGCAAAAUGCAAGCCUUCUUAGUCAUCAAGUAUUCACAGUGGAGAGAAACAUUACAAGUGUAAUGAGUGCGAGAAAGCCUUUAGAUUGCAUUCAGGGCUAAAUACUCAUCAGGCAAUCCAUACUAGAGUAAAACCUUACAAAUGGUUUUCACUCAAAGUUCACAACUUGCAAAUCAUGGAAGAAUUCAUAAUGGAGAGAAAACUUAGAGAUGUAAUGAGUGUGGCAAGCUCUUCAGGGAACGAUCAAAGCUUGCAAAGCAUCAGAGAAUUCAUACUUGAAAGAAACCAUACAAAUGAGUGUGGCAAGGUCUUGAGUCCCAAUUCACUCCUUGCAUUACAUUAGGGAAUUCGUUCUCACGAGAGUCCUUGUAAUUACAGACUAUGGCAAACCCCUCAUGAGUUUAAGCAUUAACAUUGGAGAGCCCAUGCUAAAGAAAAAUCAUAUAAUUGUAUGUGGAAGAGGCUUUUUUCAUGCCUCACUGCCCACUGGGCAUCAAAAUACACAUCUUUGAUUAAAGCACACAAAUGUAAAGUGUAUGUUGAAGCUGUUACACAGGGGCCAUAAAUGUAGGUGAGGAUUUGAAAGAGGAAUGAUUCAAUCUCUAAUUCUCCAUGAUUAACCUUUCGUAUUACAUACUGUAAAAUAAUUCUAAGUCCAAAUAUGUUAAAACUUUCAGCAUGAUAUAUAUCAAAGGGGCCAGAACAUUUGGAGAUCGCCAAUUACUUUGAAGUUACAAAAUAUUUUAUUCAUUUAUUUGAGGAUUCUUUUUUUUUAUUUCAUCAUAUUAUAGGGAUACAAAAGUUUAGGGUUACGUAUAUUGCCCUUGCUCCCCACAUUUGAGGAUUCUUGAAAAGGCUACUUUACUAUUCAUAACUUUCAACUUGAACUUUGAAAUCUGACUAUUAUGCCUUUUUCACAAGCCUUUCAUUGUGCUCUGUGGGAAAGAAUCCAUUGCCUGGCAGGGCCUCCUUUAAGGAUGAGGAUCACUUCCAUCCAUGUUCCUCUGAGAAGAAGGAUGCUCUCUUUGAAUAUUAAAUACCAACCUAAUUAGCAUUUGGGAGGGGCAGAGAAUAAUGUAAAAGUAUGAUGUCGCUUAUCUUGCUCAUUGUGUUCAGGGUUCUCUUCUGACAGGAAGGCACUGUAGGUCAAA